AUGGAAGACGCGGAGAACCUUCUCGACGACAUGCUCGAGGCGGCCGAGGCCGCGCGCCACGAGACCGAGCUGACUCUAGCGCCGCAGGCGCCCGACGAGAAUGAGCCGUUUGUGACUGUGGCGGGUGUGACUGCAGGCGAUGUGACGGAAGGAGUGGUGGAAGAAACUGUGACUUAUCACGGUGUGACUGAAGGAGAGGUGCCUGAAGCGGAAGCAGGUGAAGGCGAGGGGUUUGAUCUAAAUAUGGAUGCUGGUGGGGGUGGGGGCGGUGCGGCGGCGGUUAUGAUCACCGAGGGUGCAGCAGCUGAAACCGAACCAGGGACCGGACCAGGAACCGAUCCUGGUUCGGGUUUGGGUGUUGCCGAGCCUGAGAGUCUGCCGGUCGGGACUGAGGAGCAGGCUCGGGAGACUAUUGGCGAAUACCAAGAGGUGGGCGGAGAGGGCGGGGAUGGCCAUAUCAUGCAACAGGCAAUGGCGGGUGCUUAUGAAGAGGGAGGCAUGGCGGAGGGCGAGCAGCCGAGAGCUGACGUGGAAAUGGGUGAAGCAGCGGAAGGAACUCAUCCGGAGGGUGCUUAUAUCGAGCAACCAGUGCAGUACGAAGGUGUGCAGCAGCAGGAGCACGUGGGCGCAGAGCAGGCAGAGACAGCAGAGCAAAUGCAGAUGGCACCUACCCCAGAUGAGUCUGCUGUAGCGCACCAGCAACCAGCUGUAGCUGAGCAGGAGGCAGGUGAGGCCUGGCAGGGCGAGGCUGUAGCACAGGCCGAAGCGGCUGUAGCAGGGUACGAACAUGGUGAAGGGCCUGCUGUAGCUGGGUAUGAUGCGGCUUUCCCUGGCCAGGAGGCGGCUGUUGCUGAAGCUGGCGGAGGUGAGACGGCAGAGGGGCAGGUUGUAGCACCGGCUGAAGUGGGCGAAAUGGUUACCGCUGCUGCUGUUGGCGAAGGAGAGGUGGGCACAGGAGCGAACGAGGGUGGCAUGGGUGCAGAGAGCUUCGUGCAAGGCGACGGGGGAAUGGCGACAACAGCAGAAGCGCAAGGGACGGUGGCAGAGGGAGAGGGGGCGGCGGGGUAUUCUCAACGCAUGGAGGCAGUUUCUGAGGGACAGUAUGGGGAGGAGGCAGCAGUGCCUGGGGCGCUCGGGGAAGGCGGAGGGGGAGGGGGCGGGGGAGAGGGCGAUCGCAAGGAGCCGCUAGAGGAGGAGCUGCGAGCGCUGGUGUUCGCCACCGUGCCCUCUCAACUCGCCUCGCCCGACCACCACCGCUGGCUCGAGAUCGCCGAUGCCUGGCGCCGCCGCAGAGAGGCCGCCCCUGCCGCCCUCCUCCUGGACGGCGGUGGGGCGGCAGCGGGCGGGGGCGGGUAUGUGUCCCCGGAUGGUGUGAGGGGCCGCGGGCGGGGCAGGGGGAGGGGCAGGGGGCGCAGGGGGAGGAGGGGGAGCAUGCAUGCGUAUGGGUAUGGCGGAGGCAGGGGGGAGGGGGGGUACGGGGGUUACGGGGGAUAUGGGGGGAGCGGGGGCUUUGAGGGGUAUGGGAUGGGGGAGAUGGGAGGAGGGAUGGGUGGGGAGGGCGGAGUGAUGGUGCCGAGCGGGUAUGGCGAGUAUCCCAUGCACAUGGGCGCGGAUGGUAUGCCCAUGCCCAUGGACCCCCAUGCCAUGGCCAUGGGCAUGGGGGACAUGGGGGACAUGGGGCAGUUAGCGCUGGGGAACGGGGAGCCAUGGGUGUGGGACGAUGAGGGGUGGGACGCCCCCGGGAUUGCCAUCCGCGGGCGCGGCAGGGGCAGGGGGCGUGGCAGGGGGCGGGGGCGGGGGAGGGGGAGGGGGCGCGGGCGCAGCUGGCACCUGGUGGGGGUGGAGAUCGUCCCCUCGUACGGGUCUGAUGGGGAGGAGAUGGGCGCAGAGGGGGAGGAGCGGGCGGGGGGCGCAGGGGGAGGCGCAGGGGGAGGGGGAGCAUCUAUGGGCACGCGGCCAGUGGUGGCAUGGGCGGAGGUGUGGCCGGGGAAGCUGGAGGAGCUGGUGGAUAGGAAGGACCAUGCGGGGGUGGCUGCCGCCCAGGUCAUGACGGCCGCUGUGGUGGCCCGGGCGGCGUCGGCAGCGGUGCGGGCGGCAGCAGAGGCGGUGGCGGUGUUCAAAGAGAGGGCGGUGGCUGCUGCCUGGGCGGAGAAGCAGGGGGGUGCGGGGGCGAACGGGGCGCUUGGGGGAUAUGGGGGGCAUGGGGGGUAUGGCGUGCAUGGCGGGAAUGGGGGGUAUGGAGGGUAUGGUGCAGGUGCGACGUGGCAGGAGGCCACUGGCGCAGGGUCCCCGUUUGCGGAGUCCCCCUGGGCGCCUGAGCCUCCUCUCCCCCUGACGUCCGUGGCUAGUGUGGCGCGGGGCAGGGGGAGGGGCAGGGGGAGGGGACGGGGGAGGGGGAGGGGCCGGGGGAGGGGCAGCAGGGGCGGGGGGCGUGGCAGGAGCUACUACUACGGCGCGUAUGAUAUGGAGGAAGAGGAGGAGGAGCCGGAGGAGGACGACGAGGGGGACGAGUUUGUGGCGUAUGGAGGGGUGGAGGAAGUGGGCGGGGGGGGAGAGGAGGAGGAAGAGGAGGAGGUAGUGGUGGUGGAGGAUGAAGAGGAGGGGGAGGAAGAGGAGGAGGAGGAGAGGAGGGUGUGGGGGUUGAAGCUGCCGCACGGGUUCCAUGUGGGCACUCCUGUGGAGGUAAGCAGCAGUCAUUGGGAGGGAGGGGCCUUGUAUGGCGAUUCCUGCAAGAGAUUCCGUAGCGGGCUGAAGCAUUGCACGCCCGUGCCACAUGGUGCUGUGUGCACCGCCUUCCCACUCCCCCGCCACUCUGGUUCGCUGUUCUCUCAUCCGCCUGCCUGCACACGCAUCCAUGACCUUCUCUCCUUCUCUCUUUGCCUCCUUGUCUCUGUGCCUCCUUGUCUCCCCGCCGCCGCUCUGUGUCUGCUGCUGCCCAUGGUGAGCACAGGUGGCGUCGAACGAGGAGGGGUUGAGGGGCAGCUGGUUCACGGGCACGGUGCUGCAGCUCGAUGCACGGCGGGCGCUCGUCCGAUACGACCAGCUGCUGGACGACGCGGGUGGUGGGAGGGGGUGAUAACAGCGCUGCCAGACGAUCCAGCAGCCAGCAUGGCCACUGUCGAGUUCCCAGGCUAUGGGGAGAUGGCGCAGAAGCAGCUGACGUGGCAGCAGCUGCGGCCAUCGAUGGUGUUUGAUGUGCGCGGAAGGGAGUGGGUGAUGGUGCGCGCCCAGGCCGUGGGGGAGGGGGCGCAGGAGGUGGAGGUGGAGGAGGAGGAUGAUGAGGUGGAGGAGGUGGUUCCGGCUCCCAUGGGGCAUGUCAGGGUGAGUGGGACCCGGCACUGCCGAGGCCGAGGGGGCGGCCCCCCUUGCAUGGCAGGGGAAGGGGCCAGGCGAGGGGCAGGGGCAGAGGCAGGGGCAGGGGGCGAGGGAGAGCGCGAGGCAGGGGGAGGGUCCCUUGGGCAACUGGAGGCGAUGCAGGAGCUGAAGCUCGGCUUCGAGGGGAGCAAGCCCUCUGCGCUCGCCACGUGGACCACCAGCGACCCCUGUGACGGCACGUGGGUCGGCGUCACGUGCGCGCGGCCCGGCGUCAUCACUAGACUCGAUUUGUGCGACAUGGGCAUCGCAGGCGCGUUGUCGCCGUUCAUCGGCAACCUCACGGGGCUGCUGCAGCUGCGGCUGUGCAACAACCAGAUCGCCGGACAGAUCCCUCCCGAGCUCGGCAAGCUGUACUCGGUACAAGAAGUCGAGCUACAGAACAAUAAAUUCACGGGCGAGCUGCCUACCGAGUUGGGCGGCAUGGCGACGUGCACGCACCUUUACCUCUACGGGAACAAUCUCUCCGGCGCCAUCCCUGCCGCUCUUAAAGCCGUCACUUACCUCAAGCUGGGUCCUGGAAAUCGUUUUUGCAGCACGGUUCCCGGCUCGCCGUGCGCUGGCGCGUCGGCGGAGCCGCUCCCCGCAACUCCCGCUCCGGUGGAGGACCCCGCGGAUGAGGCGGGAAGCCUCCCUCCGCUGAUCACCGCGCCACUCCCCAACUGUCCGCCGUGUGCGGGGGACGAUCUGCCCGGGCUCGAGGACGGGUGCACGUGCGCCAAGCCGUCGCUGCUCAAGAUUCGUUUCAAGGACCUGGACUUCGCGGCUUAUAACGCGAAUCAGGAGGACGUGCUGCUCGGCGAGCUGUCCCGCGCGCUGCAGCUGGAGCCACGUCAGCUGAUGGUGAUCGGGCGCGAGCCGGGCAGCGUGAUCCUGUACCUGGCGGUGCUGCCCGUGAACGGGUCGGCGCUGGACGCGCGGCAGGAGGCGAAGAUAGUGGACGCCGUCACGGGCCACCGCGUGAUUCUAUCCAAGGCCUUCAAAGACUACGAAGUGCUCGGAGCGCCCGGCCUCGCGUUCAAGCCGUCGCAAGAGUCGCAGAACGCCGACGCCGAGUCGUCUUCCGCGUCUUCCGGCGCAUCUUCCGGCCUCAGCACCGGAGCCAUCAUCGGCAUCGUUGUCGCGUCGCUCGCGGCCGCGCUGGUUAUCGCGGCGCUCUUCUGCCAGCUGCUGACGUGGCGCCGCGACAGGAACGCCGCGCGCCGAGCUGACGUGGAGAACUCGCGGAUGGCCAAGGUGCUGACGGGCAGCAUCGAGGCGCCGUACAGGCCGCACGGGAAGAACUCCAUCUGGGGAAGGUGGGAUUUGCCACGUGGCAGCCCCUUUCCGCCCGUCAAGCCGUCGAUCUCAGGAGGCAACUCGUUUAACGAGCCCGCGCUCUCCUUCCGCAGCGGCAUCCCCGGCACCCCCGCCGGGGCGCACGCGAAUGGCUGCGGCGACAGCGUCGCGGGAACGCCGCGCGACACGCCCGGAGUGUCGGAGCGAAGCUUCGCGUUCCAAGGCGCGAGCUCGCCCACCUCCCCCGCGAACACCGCCGGAUUGUGCGGCGGCGACAACGGCGACGACCCGCGGACUCCGGAAAUCGGGACGACGCGGACGGUGGGCGACGCGGAGGGCGGAGGCACCCCUCAGGAGGUGAUGGAGAUUAAAAAAAUCGGUCUCAAGGCUAUCCACGCGGCGACGCAGGGGUAUUCGAAGGCGAACUUGAUCGGCGACCGCGGGCACGGGCGCAUGUACAAGGCGGACUUCUCGAGCAAGGCGCGCGUGCAGAUGGCGGUGCUGCUCGAGCUCUCCGGGGAGAAGCUCGACGAGGCGGAAUUCGCGGCGGCGGUCAAGGCGCUGGGGGACCUGUGCGUGCAGUCGAACCGCCUCGUGGCGAUCAUGGCGUAUUGCGCGGAUAAGGGCCAGCGGUGGGUGGCCUAUGAGUAUCUGCCAGGUGGCAGCCUCAAGGACCACCUGCACGGGGACCUGCGCUUCGAGCGCGCGCUGACGUGGCAGAAGCGCGUGCAGAUCGCGGUCGACGUGGCCGCGGCGCUGGAGUUUUUGCAUGAACAGUGCGAGCCGCUCGUGAUUCACCGCGACGUGUCGGCCGACAACGUGGUGCUGGACGGCGAGCUGCGCGCGAAGAUUAAAGACGUCGGCAUCCACACGCUCGUGCGCGAUUGGUCGGAGGGCCGCGCCGUGUCGCCGUCCGUGCUGGGGUCCAUGGGGUACCAGGCGCCCGAGUUCCGCGUGAGCGGCGAGCAGACGGCGCGGUCCGACGUGUUCAGCUUCGGCGUGGUGCUGCUGGAGCUGCUAACCGGCCGGAAGCCCGUUGACUCGUCGCGACCCAAGGGGCAGCAGUCGCUGCUGACGUGGGUGCUGCCGCACCUGGAGAACAGGCUCGCCGUGACGAGCCUGGUGGACCCGUACCUGCGGCUCAACUCGACGCUCGACCCCAAGUCGCUGCACCUGUUCGCGCUGGUGGCUGCGCACUGCCUGCAGCACGAGCCCGAGGACCGCCCGCGCAUGGCGGAGGUGCACAGCCAGCUGCAGCACCUGCUGCUCUCGCUCUCCCCCGACGGCCUCCCCUCCCCCAUCUCCCCCAACGCGGCCUCCGCCUCCCCCCUCUCUCCCGCCUCCCCCGCCUCCCCCAUGUCCCCCAUCCCCAACCUCACCGCCGCGUCCCCCUGCACCCACGCUCCGAGCCCUGAUGCGGAGAACGAGAGCUGCUCGGUGGCGGAUUCAGGCACCACGAGUGGCACGCACGUGUCACACUCAGCACGGCGCUACGACCAGAAACGCUGGGUGCAGGUUACCCCCGGCCCCAACACUGCCGUCAAGACCCACGCUAGUGCCGUGACUCCCGCUGCUGGUGCCGCUGCUGGUGUGGCGAAUGUGCGCUCACCACUUGCGCCGGUGAUCAACCUGUGA